CGUGACGGCGGCGUCGGGCGUCGAACGAUGUUGAGGCAACCAUCCGGAAACGGCAUCGAGGUCGCGGGUGGCGUAGCGGACCUGCUCCUGCUAGUGGAAAGGCUCGCGUGCGUCGUCUGAUGAGGACUCAAAGGCUCAAACGCUGGUCGCCUCGCGCGCGCCGUUGUAGCCAAGCAUGUCAAUCGUCAUUGCGAUCUUGUACGGAUUAUAGCGGGGAUGCGGGGUCGUAUUACACCUACUUCCUACCUAUCCACCACUGUCAACCAGAACGACUUGUGUUGCAACCCGCCUGGACUGUGGACAGAUGGUGCAAUCCGCCCACGACUCGCUCUAGCACAUCUCAUUCGCUGUUGUUUCUUCUAUUUUUUUUGAUAAGGUAUUCGUAUCUUUUGACAUGGUUCGAAGAUAUGCCGCAUGGACACAUUACAUUGAUACUACGGGACUGCUAUAUCGCGUCCAUUAUGCAAAUUGGAAUGGACCACCCAGCCGUCACCUGUGCCUUGCGCGAAUUCUUCCUCAAGCCUUAUUCAUGCGCUUACGCAGAACCAGUGUAGACAGCAGGGCCCGGGGCAGUGUAGGUGAUAGGCUCCUGGUAGAUGUUGAUCAUAAUGCCAGGGUCACUAGAUAAAUGUCAGUCGGCACAGCCAGUCACGGUGGAUCCGGGUUCUCUUACGUCGCCUUGUAAGCACCAGGGAACUUGACACCGGUGGGGUUGGCGGUUCCGUCACCGGUAACCUUGACCUGGAAGCAGCUCAUGUAGAACUGAGCGCCACCCUCCGAAGAAGCAGUGUGGAGAGCAAUGACCUCGGAGCGGACGAGGUAGUCGCCAGCGGCGAUGUCCUUGGGGACUGUAU